CAGCGGAGGCGGGGCGCGGGGGGAGGAUGAGCGCCGGGACGCGGAGCCGACCGGAGCCGCCGCCGCCGCUGCCGAACACCGGAGGAGGCGACAUGACUGCAGAAUAAACAGGCAAGAGGACACCGCUGCGCCUGUCGCGGUUCCGAGGAUGUCUCGAGCGGCCGGACCUGCGCCGCCCGGCGGGGCUGGGACCGGGAGCGGGUCAGACCUGCCGGACCUGAGCCACCUGACCGAGGAGGAGCGGCGCAUCAUCCUCUCGGUCAUGGAGCGACAGAAGAAGGAGGAGGAGAAGGAGCAGAGCAUGCUGAAGGAUCAGGAGGAAGGGAAACCUCCUUCGGCGUUGUGGAAUCCCCUCUCAGGGUUCAGUCAGUUGGUCAAUAACGUUGCUGCCAAUGUGUCCGAGGUUCUACAGGUUAAAAGUCCGACUGACAGCGAGUCGCAGACGAAGUUACAUCAGCAGUUUGAGAUGUACAAAGACCAGGUGAAAAAGUUGGGGGAGGAGCCUCCAGCGGUUCAGACGGUGAGGGCGGAGUCUCCCACCUGCGGCAUCUGUCACAAGACCAAGUUUGCGGACGGCUGCGGCAGGGCGUGCUGCUACUGUCAGAGCCGCUUCUGCGCACGCUGUGGGGGGCGUGUCCCGCUCAGAGCCAACAAGGUGAUGUGGGUGUGCAACGUUUGCAGAAAGCAGCAGGAGAUCCUCACUCGGUCGGGGGAGUUCUACUCCAACACCUCACUGCUGUCGGUCGAUCACGGCUCCCACGGGGCUCCCCACCCGCAAACACAGGGGCCUCCAGGAGCCAUGGCUUCCCUCAGUAAUGGAGCCAUGGAGCAGAGGCGGAGCCCCUCUGGUCUGUAUUAUGAUGGUGCUGCGGACAGGAUGCCCCGCUCUCCCUCUGACCACGGCCUGGACCGCCGUGCUCGGUUACCGCACAGCUACCAUGGUAACGGGGAGGAGGAGCUUCGGGCGAGGCGACGACCCAUCCGAGAUGGACGAGGCCGCUGGCACUCACAGGACCACCCCCUGGACCAGGUCCUGGUCGACCGUGAGCUGCGGCGGCGACAGGAGGAGGAGUUUCAGACUCGCUACCGCAGCGACCCAAACUUAGCCCGAUACCCGGUGAAGCCGCAGCCGAGCGAGGAGACCAUGAGGAUGCUGGCUCAGGUCGGCCGGGUGCGCCACCAGCGCCGCCACAGCGACGUCUCCUUAGCCACAGCUGAACCCGAACACUUGGCUCUGAGGCACAUAGCCUCCCGUCAGAAUCGACCUCAGGGGCUGCUCAGCUCUGGAGGUCAGAGGUCGUUCUCGGUGGACCGGACUGUCAACCACAUGAGCCCCACGUCUCCCCGCCGCAGCCCGCUGCCACAGCAGCACCUCGACCCAAGCUCCGCCCUCAAAAGGAAGCCGACCGGCGACAACAUGGCACAGAGGGGGUGCAUGAUGGGAAAGAUGCACGUGAUAGGCAGCUUCAGCAGCUCGGAGGAGGAGCUUGUGACCCCCGACUACACCAGCUGUGAUGAACAUGACAGAGACAUGGAGAGCCAGUGGUGGGAUCACGGCUCGUGGCACGGCGAGCCUCCACCCAUGUCGAUGCAGCCGGUCACAUGGCAACCAUCCAAAGAUGGCGAGCGCCUGAUUGGCCGAAUCGUGCUGAACAAACGGAUGAAGGACGGGACGGUUCCCGCGGAUACGGGAGCGCUGCUGGGGCUGAAGGUGGUCGGCGGAAAGAUGACGGAGUCCGGUCGCCUCUGUGCGUUCAUCACGAAGGUGAAGAGAGGAAGUUUGGCGGACACGGUGGGACACCUGAGACCAGGCGAUCAGGUUCUGGAGUGGAACGGUCGGGUUCUUCAGGGGGCCACGUUUAACGAGGUCUACAACAUCAUCAUGGAAUCCAAACCAGAACCGCAGGUGGAGCUGGUGGUGUGUCGACCUAUCGGAAACACAUCCAGAGCAGCGGACAGCUCACAUGUUCACCUGGACUCCAGCUCCAGCUCCUUUGACUCUCAGAAAGUUGGUCCAUCGAUCUCCGUCACGUCUCCCAUGAGCCCCAGCGUUCUGUCCGGACAGGUCUCUGCUGUGAACAAGUGUCCUCUGGUUCCCAGAAUUCAGAUAAAGCUCUGGUACGACAAGGUUGGCCAUCAGCUCAUCGUCACCGUUCUCGGAGCCAAAGAACUUCCCGUUCGGGACGACGGGCGGCCCCGGAACCCCUACGUGAAGAUCUACUUCCUCCCUGAUAGAAGCGAUAAAAGCAAACGGAGGACAAAGACAGUGAAGAAGUCGCUGGAACCGCGGUGGAACCAGACGUUCAUGUACUCCCCGGUGCACCGCCGAGAGUUCAGAGAGAGGAUGCUGGAGCUGACCGUGUGGGACCAGGCCAGAGUCAGAGAGGAGGAGAGCCAGUUCCUGGGAGAAGUCCUGAUCGAGCUGGAGUCGGCUCUGCUGGACGACCAGCCUCACUGGUACAAGCUGCAGCUCCACGACGUUUCCUCUCUCCCGCUGCCCAACGCCUCCCCGUACCCGCAGAGGAGAGGCCUGCAGGCCGAGUCGUCGCAGAGCAGCAGGAGGCUCCAGAGGUCUCAGAGGAUCAGUGACAGCGAGUUCUCCGACUAUGACUGUGAAGACGGCAUCGGGGUAAUAUCAGAUUACAGGCAGAAUGGGCGGGACUUCCACAGCUCCACCCUGUCGGUGCCAGAGCAGGUGAUAUCCUCCAAUCACUGCUCCCGAUCCGAUCUGGUCAGGAUGAGGUCGCGGUCGCCGAGCCAGCCGCCUCCUCAAAGCGGUAACCCACUGUUGCCGUUGUACCGCGAGGAUGCUGUGCGCCUGCUGCGCGGCUCCAAGCUCAGCAGAACGUACUCUGAUGUUUGUCAGUACAGCAGUCUGGACAGGAGAUCAUUAAGGAGAAUGUCUGUCGGCAACUCUCUGGAUUCCUAUGACAGAUACAAUGGUGUGCACAACAAAUGGACAAACCAAACUGUAAAUGGACACUUUGAGGACUACAGUCAAGACGUCAUCCCUGAUUUUCCCUAUGAGCCUGAUGCUUAUGAUGAAGAGCUGCUGAGGUACAGUCGAGGGAUGGAUCGGAGAGAUUACUACACUCGCUCACGCUCUGCCGACCAGAGAGCGAUGGCCGACCGACCCAUCUACUCGCGCUCGCACUCCACCGACCGAGCGGGGUCUUCGCAGCUGUCUGCCCAACGUUCUGGGCGCUCCGCACCGCCAUCGCCUGCCCUGAUCAGGGCAAAUGCUCGAGGUGGAUCCACCCUCACCAGUCCAACAGGAACGCCGAUCUGUGGCCGAAGAGGACGCCAACUUCCUGUUGUCCCGCCAAAAGGAGCAGCAGACAGAAAUGGGGAACCCUCUGACUUUGUUCAAACAGUUUCGGCUAUGCCAGCCACAGGAGCACCUCCCCCUUCUGUAGCUCCUCCCCCUCAUCAAGCCCCGCCCCCUAUCCACAGACAGGCCUCUCUCCCUGUUAGUCAUCAGCCUCCUAUGAUACGCAUCCAGGGGCCUCCCCUUCUAUCUGCCCUGACACACCCCCCUCCUGCAUCUGUGCCUACACCUGCACUGUCAGCUACGCCUGCACCCACCCCCACAUGUGUGCCUCGACCUGCACCCUCAAUCCCACCUGUUAAUGCACAUGCUGCACCUAAACAUGCACCUGCACCGACACUUGUAAAUGGACCUGCACAUGCACCAGCACCUGCACCUCCUCAUGCACCUGGACCUCCACAUGCACCUGGACCCCCACAUGCACCUGGACCCCCACAUGCACCUGCACCUGUAAAUGUUACAACACCAGCACCUCCACAUGCACCUGCACCUCAUACACCUGCACCAGCACCUGUAAAUGCUCCAACUCCAGCACCCCCACAUGCACCUGGCCCAGCAUCUGUUAAUGCACCAACACCUGCACCAACACCUGCACCAACACCUGCACCAACACAUGCAAAUGUAGCCACACCAACACCUUCGCGUGCACCUGCACCUCCACCUGCCCCAGUACCUACAAAUGCACCAACGCCUACCUCCACACCUGUACGUCCAUCCAUCGCUGCCCCGACCUUGGCUCCUGUAGUUUCGCCCGCUCCAUCUCCCGUCCCCGCUCCAUCUCAGACGCCAGUGUCCACCGUUCAUACUCAACCAACCCCCACACCUGCCCCAACACCUGUCGCAAUACCCUCAGCUGACCCUUCACCAGCCCCUUCACCGGCCCCGCCCCCACAGACUCCAGAUCCUGAAAGACGCUCAGCAACACCUGGAGGUACCAGAAAAGGUGUGAUGAAAGACCCCACAAAGUUGAGAGACAGCCUCUCCUUUAAGUCGUCCGACAGCGACGUCAGCGACGUCUCCGCCAUGUCCAACGCUUCGGACACCAGAUCUGCCCUCAAGUUGAGUCAGGUGGAAUCUGUGGAGGUCCAGUCAGCAGCAGAGGUGGUGGCAGGAGCAGAGGGAGCACAGGAGGUGGUGGUGGGGGAGGCGGAGGGAAAAGCUCCUCUGCAGAAGAGCGAGUCAGUGGAGGAAGGACAGGAGGAGGAGGCGGAGCCUGCAAAGCCUGCCUCGACUCCUGGAGCUCCCCUCGCCAAGUCCUCGAGUGUUGGCGGUGAGAUUUGCUCGCUCGGGAGAAACGACGACGAUGACGACGACAAAAAGCGGCGAUCGAGCUUCGGAGCGAGGAUGAUGGGAAUGGUGGGACUGGGAAAAAAGAGCCAGAGCGCCUCUCAGCUGAAUCCAGAAGAAGAGGAGAAGAAGAAGAAAGUGAUCAGACUUCCUGUCCAGAGAAGUGUGGAAACAGGGUUGGCCGUCGAGUUUAAAUCUCGAUUCACCCGACAACCGAGUCGAGAUCCUGAUGCUGAAGACCCAAAACCUGGAGCUCUCAUUUUUCCCGGAGUGAAGUUGGCGUCAGACAAACAGUUCACUGGCUUUCUGGAGGGAUUAGGCCCCGCCCAGCUGGCUGGACGGCAGACUCUCGCUACACCCCCCAUGGGGGACAUCCAGAUUGGGAUGGUCUACAGGAAGGAGCGUCUGGAUGUGGAGGUGAUUCGUGCCCGGGGGCUUGUGGGUAAACAAGGCAACAAAAACACUCCAGCUCCUUAUGUGAAAGUUUAUCUAAUGGACAACGGGAAGUGUGUGUUAAAGAGAAGAACUCGUCUGGCGAGGAAAACCCUGGAUCCUCUUUAUCAGCAGCAGCUACAGUUUGAGGAGAAUCCUGAAGGAAAAGUGCUACAGAUCAUCGUCUGGGGCGACUACGGCCGCAUGGACCAUAAAUCCUUCAUGGGCGCAGCUCAGAUCCUCCUGGAUGACCUGGACCUGUCCAACAUGGUCAUCGGCUGGUUCAAACUCUUUCCCGCCACCUCGUUGGUGGACCCCGCCUUGGCCCCGCUGACCAAUAAGGAGACGGAAGGCGGCAAGUCGUAGCAUCUGGAGACGGGACGGACGGUGUUGUCUCGGUUCAAAAAGAGGAAGAGCCCAGGAGCAAGCAGGAGGGGACGUUGCUGAGCAGAGCCUCCUGCGCGGCUGCAUGCUGCAUGAUGAUGAUGAUGUCAUGUCGAUGACGUACCAGUGCCAUGAUGGGGGUGUCACCGGGGGCGAAGCGGUGGAGAAGGGGAGGUGGCUCCAUCCUUUGACCCAGUGCAGGCUGGGCCACGCAGCAGAAGAAAAGAAAGGAGACGCCAAAUGACCUCCAGGUGUCGACCAAUCACAGCAGCUCCUCAGGAGUCACAUGACUGUUAGAGGCAUGUCCAAGACAUAAAAAAAGAAAACUGUGGGUCCGGUCCAAUAUUCAAUAAUCUCCUGUAGAAAUUGAUUUUUUUUUGUUUGUUUUUUUGACGUUACUGUAAAACUUCAUGAAGUUUAGGAGAGAUUUGGGCGAGACGUGAGAAGAAAGAGUCCGAAUGACACUUUGAAUGUUUUAGUCCAAAGGAAUUGUGGGACAGACACAUUUCUUUCCUUUCAUAAAGGAUGGUCCAUCGGUUCCUUCAUUAAAAGAGACAAUUAAAAAAAAAAAAAAGAAAGAAAGAAAGCACUGAGGUUAAUUUCCUUUAGCUGGUUUAGCUCUAGUUAGAUCGCUCCACUCAUCUCAUCGGGGAAGUGACGGUAAAAAGGCUAUUCGACCGGACCCCCCACCUGUGACUUCAUCGUUUCCAUGACGGGGCAGAAACAUGGAGGUCUGUUUCUUUGUGUUUUUGCAUGGAACAAUGAGAAAAAGAAAAAAAAAACACCAUUUGAGGCAUCAUCUGUAAAAAAAGAUUUCAGAGAAAACAUCAAAAGAAAAUCAGGAGAACAUUAAAACAUGAGAAUGACGCCUGAAAAGCAGAAAAUAAAAGAUUCUUAAAGGUU